AUGGCAACCAACGUCAAGGUCGUGAGCACCGACCUGCGGACCACGACGGUCAAGGUCACUCCUGCCACUUACCUGACCGAGAUUCUCGACAAAGCCUGCGCAAAAUGGGGCUUGCAGUCGGACAGAUAUCUGCUAAAGCACAACAACAAACAACUUGACCUGUCCAAUACUUUCCGUAAUGCCGGGCUUGUCCCUGGCGCUAAGCUCGAGCUGAUCACGAAAUCGAAGUCGCCCUCUGUUCUCAGCAUCGCUCUAGCUUUACCCGAACGGGAAGCAAGUUCAUUCGGAAACCAGAGGGCUGUCGAGAAACUACCCAGCGACUACACAAUAUGGAGUGUGCUUCGAUAUUUUGAGGCGCAGACGUUCCAGGGGAAGAACAUCAACAUCACUGGACGAGGUGUGCCGCAAAUAAGCAAUGGACAAGGACCAGGACAGCUCUAUUAUGAGACGCCAGUACUGCAGAUCGAGCAGCGAUCGUUUUCGACAUUCGUCGAUUUUCAGAAAACUUUGUCGUCGCUGGGCUACAAUUCAGGAUCCGUCCUGAUUAGGCUGUCAUUCAAGAAGACCGAAAGGACGCUCGUGGAGGCCAUGGAAUACAUCACUCAAUAUUUCCAAGGGGAGAAGGAGCAGGAGAAAGAGACGACUGCUAGAGCUGCGGAGCGGGCCCAGCCUUCCACAUCAAAUGCUGAGAGCAAGGGUAUCACACUCAAAGCGGACGGUCCAGCUGAAGUUGAUGGGGAACCAGCCCCUCAACCCGAGGCUGCUCCGACAGAGCAGGUACAAGCAGAACCUGGUGCUAUGGAUGUCGAUUCCGCACCUACUGGCAAUCCUCUAGUCCCUGUGUCCAUCUUCUCAGCUCCGUCGGCUUCGACCCCGGCAGCUGCACGUAUCAAUGAGCCGGACGAAGUCUAUGAACCAGGAUUGGCCCAGUUGACAUCUCGUCAGCAGUUCUUGAAGACUGCCGCUCAGAACAAGCGGCUUCCUUCUGACAAAGAGAUUGCGGAGAAGGCCGCCGCGGAAGCCGCGAGGCUUGAUGCUAUCAAGUCCGUUGACGUCAAGGUCCGGUUUCCGGAUAACACAUCGGCACAAUGGCAGUUUGACCAAAGCGCGACCGGCGAGUUGCUACACCGGGCGGUUCGUAACGUGAUGGCAGCUCAGCAAGCCCCUUUCAAGCUCAUCCUGCCCGGUCCCCAGCAUGUCGCCAUCCGCGAUGACUCGGCGAAUCUCAUCAGAACGUACAACCUAACCAUCCGGACCCUGGUGAAUCUAGUAUGGGACGACUCAGUUCCAGAUGCGGCACGGAAACAGCCCUUUUUGAGGCAGAGUGCCGCUCAAAGAGCUCAAGCAAUCAUUGUGCCGGAGGUGCCGCAAGUUGAGGAGAACGAGCCGACCCCGGCUGUACCGCAACGAUCCGACGAACCUAGGCGAGACGUUGGUUCGAAGGGGACGCCCAAGUGGCUGAAAGGACUGCCUGGUCUUCGAAAUAAGUAA